AUGCACUUGGCUUACGUAACGAGAACGCAUCCAUCAUCACCUCUCAUUUUCACGUCUCCUCUUCACUCUUUUUAGUCUAUAACUAUCAUUCAGCGUAAUCUCUACAAACUCUUCCUUUUUAUUUCUCUUUGAUUUAAUCCCAAAAAAACUCGUUGAUCAUAACAUGCCGGGAAGUUAUCACCGCCGGGGAUCCGGCGUGUCAGUCAUCAUCUUGAUGAUCACGUUACUGGCGUGUCCAGUAAUCAUCAACGCUUCAUCGUCAUCGUCAUCGUCGGUAGCCAACACGAGGAAGCUCGACGAGGUAGAUCCCAUAAAGUGCUCUCCAAGCUGCAUCCAAAACCCUCCUCCGCCGUCACCUCCACCACCAUCUCCACCGCCUCCGGCAUGUCCUCCUCCGCCGGCUCUCCCUCCACCGCCGAAGAAAGUUUCACCCAACUGUCCACCGCCUCCUCCGGCUAAUUUCUUGUACAUAACGGGUCCGCCGGGAAAUCUCUACCCCGUUGAUGAGCAAUUCGGAGCGGCCGCCGGAAAAAGCUUUACGGUGUUGAAGCUGUCCGGUCUAAUCGGAUUUGGACUUAUGGGGUUGUUGGUUCUUUGAAGCAUGAACGGAUCAAAAGAGAAGUUGAAGAUUUGGUGGUAUGUUGGAAUACUUUUAAUUAGUUUUUUUUUUAAGAAAUCGAGAAACGUUAUUGAUCGUUGGUUAAUAAAUAAUCUAUCUAUCUAGGAUUAUAUAUGUUUCAAAUGUUUUCCUAUAUCCAAAUUUUCUAAUGGGUUUGUUAAACCAAAUUAAUACGGUGCGAAUAUGUAAAUUGUAGAAUGUAAUCUCUUUAAGUGAUAUGUUCUUCUCUUUGUCAA